AUGAAGCGGCUGAUCGCAGCUGUGGGUAGUGGUUAUGAGGGGAAUGUGUGGAUUGGCCUGCAUGACCCCCACUGGGACUGGAAAUGGUUGCUGUCAGACAAAAGCUUCUAUGGAAAUGAGUCUAACUUCAGGAAGUGGAACACAAACCCAUCAUCCAAUGCCACUCAGGGAUUUGUCUUGAUCAACCAAGAGUUGAGUUGGUGGAGGGCUCUGUUGUACUGCAAGGCGAACCACACAGUUCUGGCAAGUGUGAGAAACGACCAAGAGAACUCAGAGAUCCAGCAGUUGGUAGGCGAUGAACAGUUUGUGUGGAUCGGCCUCUACAGACGCACUUGGAGCUCGUGGUCAGGCGGUGCCAACUCCAAAUUCCAAAACUGGGUAGAUGGACACCCGAGAAAUUUAACAGAGAGCUGUGGUGCCAGCGUGUUUGAUGCUAACCACAACGGAGAGUGGGUUGAAAAGUACUGCAAAUACAAACUUCCUUUCAUCUGCCACACAAAAAAACACAUGAUGAUCUUUAAGAUGACAACACUGAAAUCCACAAUCGACCUGAAUGACCCUGCUGUGACGGACGCCAUCUUGAAUCUGAUUAAGGAGAAGAUUAGAGAGCAGGGGGUUACAGGUGAUUUCAACAUUUCCUGGAGAAAGAGGUCGGGUGAACAUGUCUUCCGCAAAGAGGAGAAGAAUUCAGAUGACGUGAAGAUCGAAGGCGUAACUUGUAAUAAAAAUGUCUAGUUACAACAUGAUGCUGUAAACUAUUUUUCUGAGUCGUGUACCACAAUGAUUCAAAAUGUUUCAAAACUGUUCCAUCAUAGAGACAUCCGUUAUUUUAUUUCAGGUGACCGUGCAAUUCAUCGGCGCAAGUGGUAGGAAGUCAGCUAACGGUUGAUGUAAGCUAACGUGACUUGGCUUUUUCUAACCUAGACUCAAGCUAGUUCAGGCAGUUUUCCUGAGCUGCACUGAUUUCACACUUGACAUGCAUCAUUAUCCACAAUCACCUCGUUAUUGUUUGCAAUUUAAGACCCCCUAGUGGCAGAAAUGACGUAAUGUCUCUUUAACAACUCUGAAGACUAAGCACCAUUCUUUCAACUUAUAACACAUUAUUGAAACUAUGAAAAUGUAUAGCUCUCUUUACGUUGCUCUGUUGAGGUUUACAUUUAAGGUUAAGGCAACUUUGCAACCAAAGGAAUAAUGUUGGGGUUUAUAAAUAAUGAGAUUGUUUGCAGUGCAACAGUAGAGUUUAGAUGAGCUCUCAGGCAGCAUUUAAAAACAUCCAUAAACAUACAACACCUUUAAAAACAAAAGAAGCUCUGCAGUUCUUGUGGACAGGCUUUUAAAAGCCCAUUUAAGCCAGAUUGAUGCUUCUGUGUCAGUACAUCAGAGGAAGUAGGUGUGUGUUUUCACUUCUUAAAUGAAGUGUAGAAGUAGUGUCCACGUUACCUUUUUGAGACUAAAGCAUAAAAGAUAUUUAUACAUGGUAUGGUUUUGUUUGUUUUCUGCAUAUUUAGGAUUAGUUGAUGAUUGUAUGAUUGUAUGUUUAUUUUAUUUAUUUUGUUGCUGUGGUAUAAUGUUAAUCUUCAUGAAUGCCAGGAGCAUGU